AUGGGCAGCAGCGAAGGACAAACGUACUGCCUGCGUUGGAACAACCACAAAUCAAACUUGGUAGAAAUCUUGGAUGCCCUCAUAAAGAUGGAAUGUUACGUCGAUUGCACCAUUGUCGUCGACGAGCAAGUACAAUUCAAAGCACAUCGUGUCGUGUUAGCCGCAAAUUCGCCAUAUUUCCAAUCAAUCUUACAAGAUGUCCCCAUGGAUCAUUGUAGCAUCCUCUUUCCCGGCGUCAAAGAGUUUGAGAUGCGCGCCUUGCUGGAAUACAUGUACACGGGCGAAGUUAAUGUCACAAAAUCACAAAUUCCGCGAAUCAUGAAGAUCGCAGAACAAUUGGAAGUGAAGGGUCUCUUCGAAAUGCACGAUCUCAAGGGAAAUUUCGGUAAAAUGGAUGAACAAGCGUCAUCUCCAGCGCCAACAGCUCCCCAUCAUCCCGCAUUCCCAGCAAAUAACGAAACAGCAGCAAUCAAGACAAACAAUAAUCAAGCAUCGCCCAUCACUUCGUCGAAUAAUAUCACGUCUGCGGCACAAAGUAGUAGUGCAUCUCCGCCGUACAGCAGUUACAAGCCAUACUCGAACUUGUAUCCUCGUUCUCGGAGUCCCGUUCAUACGCCUACCGCAGCUUGGCCCUUACCGCAUCUCGAUUCGUCCAUUUCAUCGCAUUUGUCACGUGUUUAUGAAUCUGUUGCCGACAUGAAUCCCCUGAAACGCAAAAAGUUGUCCUCGAUUAGCUCAAUGUUGAAUGCCAGUGCCGGAAAUCCAGCGAUCGAUACCCCAAUUUUACGGAAUGUUUUGGCCCAAUCGAAUGCCGCUGACUCCUCACAAGCCAUGCCAUUGUCGAUGUCGGAUCGGGAACGCAGUGAACGCAGCAGUAACGGAUCAAACGGAACAGAUUAUUCGGAUAAAAAGUAUCAUGAUCGCCCAAUUGAUGAACCACAUUCGCCAUACACCGACAAAUCGUACGACGAAGACUCUGCCAUGGAUCAAUCUCAAGGUUACGGAUCGGAUCGCAUUGCCUCGUAUGUCCCGCAACAGAACCAGAAACCCGAAUGGAAACGUUACAAGCAAUAUACGCGCAACGAUAUCUUAUCGGCGAUUGAAUGUGUGAAAAACGGAAUGAGUGCCUUGCAAGCUUCGCGGAAAUUUGGAGUGCCAUCACGUACGUUAUAUGACAAAGUGAAAAAGAUGGGUAUUACUACGGGACGUCCCAUGAACCGUAGCUCGAUGAAACGCAGUCCCAACUCUGGCGGAAACUCGUUGUCCUUCCCAUAUGGACUUACAGGAGCGAGUCAUUCGUAUCCCGAUAUCCAAGUGCCAUCUCAAUCACAUUCGCAUCACGAUGACGAUCGCAGCAUGGAUCGUGAACGUCAUUCGAUGAACCCACAUCCAGCAGCUGCUCUCUUACCGCCAUCAUUUUUGCAACAAGCUCUCGAUAUCCGAGGCGGAGAUGUUUCUUUACAUGCCAUGGCAUUAGCAGCAGCUGCCCAUGCACGUGCUAACGGUGUCUCAACAAGCCCCGGCACUCCUGGAACCGCUCGUUCUCCCAGUCCAAGCAUGAAUGCGCUCGCAAUGCGUGCCUUUAUGCGUCCCCCAUCAACUGAAAUGCCAAUUCCGCAAGAACAUCGUUCCCGUAAACAGUCGCCGAGUGCAAUUGUAGCUACCUCCGAGCACAUUAACAGCGAAGAAGACGACAAAGUUGAAGAUCUCUCGAUGGGACGCAGUAAAGUUAUCGUGCCGCCAUUAAGCAAAGUGAUCCAGCAACUCAAGGAACGACGAUUUGAAGAAGAAUACGCGAAAGAACGCGAAUGUGAACCUACCCCGGAAAUAAUUAAGCAAGAAACACAUCAAUCUACGGAAUAA